AUGCCCUUCACCCCCCGCCUACAGAGAGACCGCUCCCACUCCCACUCCUCCUCUCUCUCCAUCUCACGCUCCCCCAACGUCCUCUCGGCUGCCAACUUUGGCGGCCCGCCCGUCUCCCCGCACGAACUCGACGGCCCCUCGUUCUUCGAACAUCGACAUGCACCUCGUGGGAGUGCAUUAGGGAGGACCGUAUCUGCCUCGGGGGGGGACAGGCUAUCAGCAAUACAGAGUGUCGAAGAUUUGACGUCGGCGAAACCUUCUACUGCUGAAGCCUUGAUCGACCCCGGAGCCAAGACCCCUUCUCGGCUCGAGGCGUAUACGCCAGACACCUACGACACAUACGAGGAGAGGCUCUCCGCUCCCCUGCUCAAGCCGCAGGUCCACUUUGAUGCACCUGUAUCUGAAGCGGGAGAAGACGAGACAAUGGAUCUGGAUGGUGUCGAGAGACUCGAUGGACCGGCGUUUGAGUAUACCGGGCCCUUUCAGCCCCCAGACUCGAGAGAGUUGACGCUAUAUAUGCUCAGCUUUGGAGGGGUUGUCAUCCUUGCGGUCGCUGCGGGUUUGACCACUAUCUUUGACUGGAUAUUGUGA